CCGCCGUGUCCACUAUCGUCCACGGGGGGUUGCGAUUGUCUUUCGGGCGCGACUCACGGACGAUGCAUAACCAGCUUGUGUUGACACCUUUGAGUUCGGUCCUUCGAUUUUUGUCUUUCCUUUUGCCUGCCAGGGCAUAUUCUCUCCUUUUCUCUCCAGACACGGGUUAUACAGUGAUAGACGGCUAGCAGACCGCGUUCUUUGCACUGCGUCCCACACUUGCCCUUUGCGGUAGACCAUCAACACUGCGUGUCCCUGGUCUCUUCCUUUCGUUUCAUGCUUCUUUCACUUCGAAUCACUUCUCCGGACCUACUUGAUUCGUAUACAUACUCCUCUAUACCCAAAAAAUACCGAGGACACCGUUCUCACCCGCCAAAAUGCCACCCCUCCCACCAUCUCCCCUGAAACUCUCUCACCGCCGUCCCUCCGACUUCGACGACUCACCGAUUUCUCCUGGGACAGGAGGAGUCAAUGGCUUCGCUCUCCAAAGCCCUCUUUCGCCUCGAACCCCGCGCUUGUCAGCCCCACCAUCUCCCGUCACCUCCCGCCGGGGUACAAAUGCUAUGAACGGAUCUCACCGAGAGUCCGUGGAUUUCCCCGCUGAAACGAAUGGCGGUGGUCUAGGGAACCUUGCCGAUGAAUUGGCCGACGCGUGGGAACAAGAGGAUGACGGAUAUGGCUACGCAUCGGGCCAAGAGAUGGGAGCUGCGGGGUCUCAGCAGAUAGAGCAGAGUGAUGAAGAGGAUGGGAAUCGACUUCGUGCCACCCAGCUUCGGCAGCAUCGGCGACAAGAAUCCCACUACGAUGGAUCGGAUUAUGGGAAUGACUCGGAUCUCGAUGAGGCGGCGGACAUUUCCCCCUCAUUAGAGAUGCAAAUGGCGGAUAUCGAGAGCCUGGCGCGCCGCGGCAUUGAGAACAAUGGGAGUGAGAGCGACCAUGUCGUUCAACGAACGGUGGAGGCCCUUCGAGAUCUUGGCGGACAGAGCGGCAUUGAAAACGGUGCCAUGCGAUUGAUCACCGCCCAUUCCUCCAUCACAUCCCACCUAACCCACCAAACACGCACUCUUCAAUCUCUGAUCCAUCCACUACUCUUCUCGCCAUUCCCCCUUCUUUCCGAAGACGCCAUUGACUCACUCAUGCCUUUAAUCGACGAAGGCCUCCUUCCAAAUCUCCCAUAUCCAUUCCCCGAGCAGCCCCGACGAGGCUCUCGGCCCUCGACUCCGUCGCAACAAAAUACCCAAAACCCCCUUGUCUCUCUGCAGGCUCUCGUCACACAAACAGCCGACAUCACGGCUUCUCUUCGCAGCCUGGGUGACACCCUCUAUGAAUCCCGCCAGCUAACAUCCACGGCAUCUCGACGCCUCCGGUCCGCGCGGGAACUCGUGGCGGACCUUCGACGCGAGGAAGAAAGCCGAGAGGAAGGCUCACGAUGGAUUGAGCGCGGUGAGUGGGACCGUCGACUCAAGGGUCGUGAAGCAGGCCAGGAGUGCAGGGACGUUGUCAGCGGCUUUGAAACUGUCUGUGGCGAAUGGCGCGAGAAGUUAUUCGGGCCCGGAGCCGAAGUGGCCGCUGCGUAGCCACCUUACCAUGAACUUCAUUUCAUUUCCUUCUGAUCUUUUGAAGGUGAUCAUUGCCUUCCAAGAUGCACCUCAGCUCCCACGAGCUUUGCUUAGGUCUUUUCUUUCUUGUCAGAUAUCCCUUGAUUCCAUGAAUCUCUUCUUUAUGUUUACACUGACCCUGUGAUACAUCCCCAUAUCACCCAGGUGGUGUUUCUUGUUCAUAUCACAUCCGCCUUCCCUUGAAGCUUAGCUUGCUAUAUCCCUACGACAUAUACUAUUAGAGAUAGCUCUAAGGCUAUGAAAUAUCAUAUAUUCUGUUCUGAAAAUC